AUGUCACGCAGAUACGAUUCCAGAACCACCAUCUUCUCUCCGGAAGGUCGUCUCUACCAGGUUGAAUAUGCGCUCGAGGCUAUCUCGCACGCUGGUACUGCUCUAGGAAUCCUGGCCAAGGAUGGGAUCGUUUUGGCCGCAGAGAAAAAGGUGACCAGCAAGCUCCUAGAGCAGGACACGUCGGCGGAGAAGCUCUACACAUUGAACGACAACAUGAUCUGUGCUGUGGCUGGUAUGACGGCCGACGCCAACAUCCUCAUCAACUACGCCCGCCAAGCCGCCCAGCGGUAUCUCCUUACAUACAACGAAGAAAUCCCGUGCGAGCAGCUCGUCCGUCGACUGUGCGAUCUCAAACAAGGUUACACCCAGCAUGGUGGUCUUCGUCCAUUCGGUGUGUCGUUCAUCUACGCCGGCUACGACCCUCUUCGGGAGUUUCAGUUGUACCAGAGCAACCCGAGUGGUAACUACGGCGGGUGGAAGGCUACCAGUGUGGGAGCGAACAAUGCCAGUGCCCAGAGCCUGCUCAAGCAAGACUACAAGGAGGAUUGUGAUCUGAAGGAGGCGUGUGCCAUGGCGGUCAAGGUUCUGAGCAAGACCAUGGAUUCAACGAAGCUGAGCAGCGAGAAGAUCGAAUUCGCAACCGUGGGCAAGACCGCAGAGGGCAAGGUUUACCAUCACCUGUGGAAUGCUGACGAGAUCAACGCCCUCUUGCGGGAACAUGGACUGGCAAAGGUCGACGACGAGCCUGAGGCUGGUGAUAUAAAAUAA